AUGACGAGGAGCAAACAGGGGAGGACCUUUUUAUCCUACCCUUUCCAUCAGUCACACCCGCCGCGGCUGGGAUGGGGCAUGAUUUUCUCCUCCUUGAAACCAGGAAACAAGGAGUGUGCCUCAGUCUCCAGUGUGCCUCCAGUUUUCCACUUCAGCCCACAGCACUGUGCACACCUCAAGAACCAGUAUUUGAAACUGGCGGCCACAAACCUUACCUUCUCUCCGGAGGUAGUAUGGCAGCGAGGACUGCCCAGCAUCCCUUACAGCCAGUACAGCUUUGACCAUCUCUACAACACAGACAGCAUUAUCCAGCCUCCCCAGGUCAGGAAGACCCAACCUAAGAAACAGGUCAGCUUCAAGUUCUUGGAGGUUUCGGAUACCUCAACAAAGGUCACUUCCCAGGCUGUGAAGACAAAAGCCACCGCCUUCUUUAAGAAGAAGCUGAAGAAAUCAAAGCCAGCAAACACAAUCCAAGAAAUGCCUUAUCCUCUCACCCUUCAUCCUUCCAGGGAGCCAGACAUGCUGGACCUGUCAGCUUCCCCAGAUGUAAAUCUGGAGCAAAGGGAAACCUGGCUCCCACCUUCUGAGAAGGAGGCCAGAGCAUGGGAGGCCCUUGUGCUGGAAAAGCUGAACAAGCGCACUGCCCGAUGGAUUCAGAACAAACGUCCCCCACGGCCUGGGGUACCUCCCAACAAAUGGCAAAACUUCUUGCGCCAGCAAUAUGACUGGAGCCAUAUCCGGGACGAGCUUACUUCCGCUAGUGACCUGGAGCUCUUGAAACAGCUGGAGGACGAAGAGACAACAGAAUUUGAGGGGAAAAGUGUUAUCCCAUACACCCAGGAAGAAGAAAAGCCAGAGAUGCUGCUUCCUGUUUAUUAUAGAUUACCCAGUUACUUGCCAGAAAUACAUUCAGCUGAGUCCAUGUUUGGCAACAAUAAGACUACUGAGGAUAUCAAUGGGAAAAGAAGAAGCUUCUGGCCAGCAAACCAGAGCAACUUCCGACAAGUGAAUCCCCGAGCUGGAAAGUUUGCUUACUCCACAGACAACACUUUUGAACAGGAGAUUUAUUUUGAUAAAGUCCAGGUCAUCCACCAGUUAGGUGGAAAGAGAGACCAAAUAUUACUGGAAAACCUUAAUCGGUACAACAAGCAUCUCUCUAAGAUCUUCCCUGAAGUUCCAGAAAGGUGGACCUCCCAGCCGGUUCCUGAAGCAGUUUGCAGGCCUGUGAAAGGAGCCCAGCGCUGGACUGCUUUGCCCACUCCGGUCAAGGAAUUACUGCAAGCGGGUGAGGAGGAUGUGCCCAGGAAGACGAGGAAGAAGCAGGGGGAAUCCCUGAAGGAGAAUGUGACUUGGGAACUGGUGGCUCUGAGGAAGAUGCUGCGGGAAUGGAAGAUUGGCUGGGCGCUAAUCACUGAGUGGCACCAUAUGACAAUAGAGGGCCUGCUGCGGAGCUUGAUGGACAUGCAUGAUGACAUCCGGAUCCACGCCAUCAUCACGUGUGCCACAGCUGCUUUAGAACAUCCCCGGAUUGCCAUCAGUCAGAGUGACUCAGACAAGGAGACUGCGAAAGUCCCACCUAUCCAGGACUUACCAGAGGUGCUACACCCUGCCCUGGAGGCUGCUCUUUGUGACAAGAAUGCCAAUGUGCGGAUGGCAGCAGCGAUAUGCCAGUAUGCCAUACAGUCACAUAAUCCCCUUGCCCAGGACAUCAUGCAGACUGCCCUUUUGAAAGGUAAUAGUGUGGAUAGCUGGGCUGCAGCUCAGUGCUUGGCUGUGGAAGGUGCUGCCACUUACCCUGUGAUUAAGAGGAUCCUCCAUCAGCUGUUUAACAAGAAGAAUGAGGCCACUGAACAGCAGUCUUGUAUGCUCCUGCGCCACCUCAGUGGGAAGACAACUCUGGUAAACACCAUGCUGGCAGUGGAGCUAAGUAGCCAUCAGUGGAAGGAUCGGAUUAUGGCCUGCCAGGCUCUCUCCUGGAUUAAUGGAAAUGUCAGUUUGGAUAUGAAACAUAAAUUGAUCCAGCUAAUGUGGAGUGACUGGAAUAAGGAAGUGAGAAAAGCAGCUGCCCAAGCUCUGGGACAAAUGAAUCUUGGAAAAGAGGUGCAUGACACCAUUAGAGUCAAGCUGGGUCAAGGAAAUUCCCAGGAGCGUGUGGAAGCUCUCACCCUGAUUGGUGGGCUCAAGCUCAUGACCGCCAAGCUCCUCCCAAAUUUCCUGAACUGCUUCUCUGAUGACUUUAUGGCAGUUCGGUGGGCAGCCUGUCAGGCAGCCGGUGCCCUGCAGAUCCGGGAUGAGCUGGUCCUUGAAUGUCUUCAGAAUCUGAUACAGACGGAUCCUUGCUGGAAAAUCAAGGCCAUUGCCAUUCGAGCUUUGGGACAGAUUGGCCAAGUGAGUCCCCAGCUAACAGAGCUUCUGCUUUGGGCUAUCCACUAUGAAGAGUCACCAGGUGUACGGCUAGAAGCUUGCCGCAGCAUUACUGCCCUUAAACUUCAAGGAGAUCGGGUCAGGGAUACCUUCCUAGACGUGCUGAUCCUAGAGAAUCAUGACGCUGUUCUAAAAGAAAUUCACCAGGCAAUGAAGAUACUCAACUUAGAAAAAGAAGGAAACCAAGAAAUGCUUCAAGAGAUCAAGAACAAGAUUCAAGUGCUGAGCCGAAAGGACUUGCUGACACAGAAAAUAUUAAAGAUUGAAAAGGUCAUAGGAAAGGUGAAGGAGGAAGCAAAACGUAUUUACCUUCAACCCAAAGAGGGGCAAAACCCAUUGAAACUACAUACUUUACUUCAAAAAACUUUUCAGGAUGAGAUAUUUCCUGGAAGACCAUCUGAGUUUUAUGACACUGAAACACUCAUAAAGCCUGUGAAACCCCGCACACCAAAUCCCUGGUCACACAGCUCAGUACUGGGCCUAAACACAAGAAGAAGAGGUUUCUCCUCCCUCAUUUUUCAAAGGUCCAUGCACUGCCUGGGAGGAAAGGAAUGUGAUGGGCCAUUUGGAUGUGACAACCAAGAUCUCUAGCUAAGUAAAAACACA